AGCGACAGACCAGUCUGUGUCUGUGCUUAGAAGGGGACAGUCACAACACACUGAAAACACUGCAGUCAAGAGUCACAGACAGGAGAAGUAUGACUUUACUACAGCAAUAAGACCAGAUAUUUACUUUUGAUAUCAUAUAAGACUGAAGACAGAGUUACAUGUUUAUCGUUGCCGAGGACGUAUCGACCCUCGAUGAGGACAUUUGGGCAUGGCUGUUUUCAAGCAACAGAAAGUAGAGGACUUCUAUGAGAUUGGUGAAGAGCUGGGGAGUGGUCAGUUUGCCAUCGUGAAGCGUUGCCGGGACAAGUGCUCGGGUCUGGAGUACGCCGCCAAGUUUGUGAAGAAGUGUCAGAGCCGGGCCAGCAGGAGGGGAGUGAGGAGAGAAGACAUCGAGAGAGAGGUGGACAUCCUGCAGCUGAUCACUCAUCCCAACAUCGUAGCGCUGCAUGACGUUUACGAGACCCGCACUGACGUGGUGCUCAUACUGGAACUGGUGGCUGGAGGAGAGCUGUUCGACUUCCUGGCCCAGAAGGAGUCUCUGAGUGAAGAGGAAGCUACCCAGUUCAUCAAACAGAUCCUGAACGGAGUACAGUUCCUCCAUAGCAAGAGAAUUGCACACUUUGACCUCAAGCCUGAGAACAUCAUGCUGCUGGAUAAGAACGUUGAUCUACCUCGCAUCAAGCUCAUAGACUUCGGUCUGGCCCAUAAGAUGGAUCAGGUCGGGACGGACUUUAAAAAGAUCUUCGGAACACCUGAAUUUGUCGCUCCAGAAGUCGUCAACUAUGAGCCUCUGGGUUUAGAAGCAGACAUGUGGAGCAUCGGCGUCAUCACCUACAUACUUUUGAGCGGAGCGUCACCGUUCCUCGGGGAUUCGAAGCAGGAAACUCUUGGGAACAUCUCAGCCAUAGCCUACGAGUUCGAUGACCAGUUAUUCAGCAGGACCAGUGAGCUGGCCAAAAGCUUUAUACGACAACUACUGGAAAAAGACACCAGAAAACGGUUGACAAUCCACGGUGCUCUGAAUCAUCCCUGGAUACAGCCGUUGGACUCCAGACAGGCCCUGGUCAAGAGACAGUCAGUAGUCAAUCUGGAGAACUUCAGGAGGCAAUACGCCCGACGCAGGUGGAAGCUUUCCUUCAGAAUCGUGUCGCUCUGUAACCAUUUGACUCGUAUGAUGAAGAAAGGACAUCCCAAGCUGGCAGCCCAGGACGAGAGGGACUGUGAGAGCGACCAGGAGACGGAGAUGAUCAUGAAGAAAAGACCCAGAACCAGGAAGAGAAGCAACACCUCCUGAAACCUGCCUGUCUUUUUCGAAUUUGUUGAAUGUGUUUCUGUAGCAAACAUGAUUGGUCCGAAAGCAGUCACAGAGACUACUUCAAAAACUGCUGUCCAUACAAUGUAUUUUAUUUGUUGCACAGCAUUCUGGGGCAAUAGAUGAAACGCGUUGAUAGUGUUUCCUAUGGAGUGAUUUCAGUGCCAACAGAAAUGUUAUUUGAAUCCCUGCCUUCUGUAAAAGCUAUCUAGAUUGUAGAAAUGUACAUGUACAAUUGACAGGUUACAGGGUACUGGUUAGGAUAGGUUAUAGGUUAGGGUUACAGGUUAGGAUAGGGUACAGGUUAGGGUUACAGGGUAUUGGUUAGGAUAGGGUACAGGUUAGGAUAGGGUACAGGUUAGGAUAGGUUAUAGGUUAGGGUUACAGGGUACAAGUUAGGAUAGGGUACAGGUUAGGAUAGGGUACAGGUUAGGGUUACAGGGUACAGGUUAGGAUAGGGUACAGGUUAGGAUAGGGUACAGGUUAGGGUUACAGGGUACAGGUUAGGAUAGGGUACAGGUUAGGGUUUAAGUGGACAGGUUAGGGUACAGAUUAGGGUACAGGUUAGGGUAACAGUGGACAGGUUAGGGUACAGGUUAGGGUACAGGUUAGUGUUACAGUGGACAGGUUAGGGUACAGGUUAGUGUUACAGUUGACAGGUUAGGGUACAGGUUAGGGUAUAUGUUGGGGUGCGGGUUAGGGUACAGGUUAGAUUUAGGGUACAGGUUAGGGUAUAUGUUGGGGUGCGAUUUAGGGUACAGGUUAGAUUUAGGGUACAGGUUAGGGUAUAUGUUGGGGUGCGGGUUAGGGUACAGGUUAGAUUUAGGGUACAGGUUAGGGUAUAUGUUGGGGUUAGAUUUAGGGUACAGGUUAGGGUAUAUGUUGGGGUGCGGGUUAGGGUACAGGUUAGAUUUAGGGUACAGGUUAGGGUUACAGUGGAAAGGAUAGAGGACAGCUCACAUAUAAUUAAUUUAAUGUUGUUAUCCAAUUGUCUUAAAUAACCAACUUCGUUCUGCUGUUGUCCUCAUUCUGCUGUUGUCCUCAUUCUGCUGUUGUCCUCAUUCUGCUGUUGUCCUCAUUCUGCUGUUGUCCUCAUUCUGCUGUUGUCCUCAUUCUGCUGUUGUCCUCAUUAAGUCACUAACUUCCUCAUUCUGCUGUUGUCCUCAUUCUGCUGUUGUCCUCAUUCUGCUGUUGUCCUCAUUCUGCUGUUGUCCUCAUAAGUCACUAACUUCCUCAUUCUGCUGUUGUCCUCAUUCUGCUGUUGUCCUCAUUCUGCUGUUGUCCUCAUAAGUCACUAACUUCCUCAUUCUGCUGUUGUCCUCAUUCUGCUGUUGUCCUCAUUCUGCUGUUGUCCUCAUUAAGUCACUAACUUCCUCAUUCUGCUAUUCUCCUCAUAAGUGACUAACUUCCUCAUUCCCAUGUACUGCACAUCUAGGUAAGGAUGUGUAUUAUCUCUCUUGAAAACUGGCCUUACUUUGUACGACUGAAAUGUUCAAGUUUUGAUAUAUUCAUGAAAUGAGGAUUUUGUGUCUUAAGUGGGUCGUACAUGCUGACCACACCUCUCGCGUUGUGCGCAUACAUGUUAAUCAAUAAAUUUCAUCGAAACUGCUGGCGCUCGUCAACGAGCGUCUGCGUAGCCAGGCGCUAAAAUAGACCUUGGUUCUAUUUGUGUGACGCUGAACGCGCCGCAAGUCCCGCCUCUCCCAUCUCCUUAUUGGUUGUUAGGAGCAUAUACCCACGUGGGUGAAUGAAAGAUAAACUGAGGUCCACACUUCAGGCCAGUUGGUGGUGGUAAUGUACCUUAAAGCUGGGUGCCAACCGCCUUAUAAAGUCCAAAGAAGAAGACUGAAGGAGGAGAGGUUACUAAAAACUAGACUUCCCCUUUUAUCUGUGGGGAGAGAACAUACAAACAAAAAAAUCUUCUGAGAUCCAGGAAAAAAAUGUACCUUGUGUAUCGACAACUCGAUUGUUUAAUUUUAUCCCAGGACAAAUGAGCUAAAUGUCCAUGAAUGUUUAAUUUUAUCCCAGGACAAAUGAACUAAAUGUCCAUGAAUGUUUAAUUUUAUCCCAGGACAAAUGAGCUAAAUGUCCAUGAAUGUUUAAUUUUAUCCCAGGACAAAUGAGCUAAAUGUCCAUGAAUGUUUAAUUUUAUCCCAGGACAAAUGAGCUAAAUGUCCAUGAAUGUUUAAUUUUAUCCCAAGACAAAUGAGCUAAAUGUCCAUGAAUGUUUAAUUUUAUCCCAGGACAAAUGAGCUAAAUGUCCAUGAAUGUUUAAUUUUAUCCCAGGACAAAUGAACUAAAUGUCCAUGAAUGUUUAAUUUUAUCCCAGGACAAAUGAGCUAAAUGUCCAUGAAUGUUUAAUUUUAUCCCAGGACAAAUGAACUAAAUGUCCAUGAAUGUUUAAUUUUAUCCCAAGACAAAUGAGCUAAAUGUCCAUGAAUGUUUAAUUUUAUCCCAGGACAAAUGAGCUAAAUGUCCAUGAAUGUUUAAUUUUAUCCCAGGACAAAUGUCCAUGAAUGUUUAAUUUUAUCCCAGGACAAAUGAACUAAAUGUCCAUGAAUGUUUAAUUUUAUCCCAAGACAAAUGAGCUAAAUGUCCAUGAAUGUUUAAUUUUAUCCCAGGACAAAUGAGCUAAAUGUCCAUGAAUGUUUAAUUUUAUCCCAGGACAAAUGAACUAAAUGUCCAUGAAUGUUUAAUUUUAUCCCAAGACAAAUGAGCUAAAUGUCCAUGAAUGUUUAAUUUUAUCCCAGGACAAAUGAGCUAAAUGUCCAUGAAUGUUUAAUUUUAUCCCAGGACAAAUGAACUAAAUGUCCAUGAAUGUUUAAUUUUAUCCCAAGACAAAUGAGCUAAAUGUCCAUGAAUGUUUAAUUUUAUCCCAGGACAAAUGAGCUAAAUGUCCAUGAAUGUUUAAUUUUAUCCCAGGACAAAUGUCCAUGAAUGUUUAAUUUUAUCCCAGGACAAAUGAACUAAAUGUCCAUGAAUGUUUAAUUUUAUCCCAAGACAAAUGAGCUAAAUGUCCAUGAAUGUUUAAUUUUAUCCCAGGACAAAUGAGCUAAAUGUCCAUGAAUGUUUAAUUUUAUCCCAGGACAAAUGAACUAAAUGUCCAUGAAUGUUUAAUUUUAUCCCAAGACAAAUGAGCUAAAUGUCCAUGAAUGUUUAAUUUUAUCCCAGGACAAAUGAGCUAAAUGUCCAUGAAUGUUUAAUUUUAUCCCAGGACAAAUGAACUAAAUGUCCAUGAAUGUUUAGUGUAUUUCAACCUGUCCCCAAAUUAAAAUAUAAUUCGUUCAGAGUUCGUUUUGAUAUUUCAACCUGAUUGUGUCUGGACAAAAUCAACGUGCGCGCGCAUGCGAGCGCGCGCCCGGUGUAGUCAGCAUGUUCGUUCUUGUGAUUCAAUGCUGGAGGCUUCGCUGUUCAACAAAAACGAUGUAUUUGUUUAAAAAAAAUAAUAAACAGCUUUUGUUAAAACUUGAA